AAGUGGAACUUCCGCAUCUGACCGUUGCAGGAAGAAGUGGACCCUUUCUGCGCAGCAUCAUCAUCUCCACAAAGAAGAAGGCAAACAUGGCUGACAUCUCCCUGUACCUCUCGAGCAUCCAUGGAGGGGGCGCGGGAGCGGUGCAGAAUCAGGGGAAGGACUUCGAGAGCGUGGAGCUCGGGGAAAUGGACGACAGCGCGGGGCCGCCGCAGAGGGAGAAGGCUCCCCGGCGCGUCAUCCACUUCUCCAGCGGGGAGACCAUGGAGGAAUACAGCACCGACGAGGAGGAGGAGGGCGAGCCGGAGAAGAGAGACCUGCUGUCCUCCACGGUCGAUGCGGUGAGGUCGAAGAUGACCUGGGGGCCAUAUUUCUGGUUCCACAUGUGGAGAGCAGCCACCUCAACCAUCUCAGCAUGUGACUAUCUCGGGGAGAGGAUGGCUUCCCUCUUUGGAAUAACAUCAGCCAAAUACCAAUAUGCCAUUGAUGAGUACUACAGAAUAAAGAAAGAGAGGGAAGAUGAAAAGGAGGAAAACCGGCUGUCGGAAGAAGCGGAACGCUCCGUGGAGCAGGAAGAAGUGACAAACACGCCAGAGGAAGAGAAAGAUGAAGAAGUGGGGGCUCGUCCGGGAUUUUCCUAUCAAAUCGAAAACGAGAAUCGCUCUGCACCGAAAACCAUCACAGUUCCCGUUAUUGUCACGGCAACAUAACGGCCCCUGAAGAGCCUCGCGUUACUAAAAAUGUUUAAAAAAACAAACAAACAAAAAAAAAACACUACUGUCUUGUUUCACCAAGCUUUUGGGUUUGUGCGUAACAGCUUCAGAUGGGCAGCGCAGCUGUAUUCCUGCGAGGAACGAUACAUGUUGAGCAGUGAGGCGACUGGAUGUUGCACACUACGUUUCUGGAACAGCAAGACAGAAAUGUUGCUCCCACGUGCCUCUGAGCAACCACACUGUGCCUAGAUUAUAAAAAAAAAUCAUAAAAAUCAACAGGGCAGUUCCAGAUUUAAAAGCCACAUCUACCAGAUCCAAAGUCUCCAUCCUCUGCAGAUGUCUUGAUGCAUUUGUAACACCAGGCUGCACCAAAGAGCUGAACGUUUUUGAUGUGCGUUUCUGUUUUAGAACUCAUUUCAAUGUGGAAGCACUGAACUGGUUUGUAGGUUUACCUGUUUACACCAGACUAACACAGUUUGUCAUUAAAGAGGAGAGAAAUGUAAGUCUGUUGCUUAAUAUGUCUAGGAAUUAUGCAUAAGACUAAAAAGUCUGUACAAAGGUGCAAAAACAUAACCUUUUUACCAGUUUUUGUACAUUGUUUUUAAUAUUUGUGUAUUUAUCUUAAUUUAUUGAGGUAUUUUCUAUUGAUUUAGUAACAAAAUAAAGUGUUAUGUAACUUA